AUGUCCCAGGAUAUCGAUCCGCUGGACCUGGAGUGGCGCAACCGCGCGGUGCUGGCGCAGGAGGCGGGCGUGCCCCCGGGCGUGCACUCUCUUUGGAUCAUCAACAAGUCGGGCGGUCUCGUGUACCACAAGACGUACGCGGACAUACCGCACAUCGACGUCAACGAGACCAUGAGGCUGGCGAGCAUGUGGCACGCCAUCCACGCGAUGUCGAUUCAGAUCUCACCGGUCGAGGGGUGCACCGGGAUCGAGCUCCUGGAGACGGACCAGUUCGACCUGCGGUGCACGCAGACGCCGACGGGGACCAAAUUUUUCGUCACCGCCGCGCCAAAGACGCUCGGUCUCGAGCACCUGCUGCGUUCGGUGUACGACCUGUACAGCGAUUACGUGAUGAAGAACCCGUUCUACGAGAUGGAGAUGCCGAUACGGUGCGAGCUGUUCGACACGAACGUCUUGAGUGCGGUCCGGAAUCACAACGCACAGCUGGGGAACUACUGAUGA